AUGGCCACCAUCCGCUCGUGGCGACCUCCUGGCUCGGCAUAUUACGACGGUACCUCCUCUUCCGAGUUGUUGCCUGCCAUUCAUGGUCGAAAUUGCUCUCGAGACGCUAUUCCUAAGGGAUCUGUUGCUUCGCGCAUUCGAUCUCUACAGGACUUUCGAGGAUCAAGUACACCGAAGCCUACAACCGCUGUUAGGAAAUACGCUCGAGAGGCUUCACGUUCCGGAUUUGGUCGCCGUGUGAAUCCCCGUUUUGGACAUCCUGCUAUGCAGAGUGCCCAGCCUGAUGAAGCAACCCGGAUCGAAAGCAGGCACAGCUAUCUCGGCAUCCAAGCAAUCCGGACCAACCACGAAGCAGAGCACGGCAUCGCAGGUGCAAGUGUUCAAUAUAAUCCAGCUCCUUCAAUCAAUGUCAAGAUGGAGCAAGAGCUGCACUCAACAGCGCAGUACGAUGCUAUCUUCCCAAGGGGUAGUCUGUCGAGGACCAAGCCUACAACUCGAAGUAUCGAGCCUCGCAAUGGUAUAGAGCCAGAUGUGCUGAUAAGGAUCAACUCCUCGGGUAAUCAGUCGCAGCACCUGACACGAACGCCGACUUCCAAUAGCACUGCGAAGAAGAUCGACGCGGACUCGUACCGGCACCGAGUAAGGCCUCGACGAUUGGAUUUUGGGGAAUCGGAAGCCUCGAUUGCAUCAACGUCCACAACCCGCCGACAAGAUGUUCGAGAUCUUUUUGAAGAAUAUGGUAUACAGAGACCGCCAGGACUUGCUUCCAGGGAGGUCUCUCGCGAUUUGGGCGAGAGCACAUGCGGACAACCCAAAUACUGCCAUGUGUGUUCGUGCAGCAAUAGUCAUACUUCGAUGAAGUGCUGGAGAUGUAGCCACCGAUUAUGCUACAUCUGCAUUGAUCAUCUGCCGUCCACAUUCGAGGAGAGGAAAGAUCAACGACAAGGGAAUUCGAGGCCAAAGGAAAAUCGAAAUAUGGAUAAUGACCCCGUCAAAAAGCUUCAGCCAAGGCCUGGUCCAACUCCUUUACAGCCAAGAUACGAGCAGCCUGCAGUUCCGUCACGGAAGCCCUCAAGCUCGCCCGAUAAAUUUCCCGGCUUCUAUGGACCUGAGCCUGAUGCGAAGCCACCCAAAAGAAUUCCCUCAAAACAAGAUCCUGUCAUACCAUUGAGACAUCGAACGGCAACAAGUGUGAAGGAUAAUCCUUUCAUAAUUGCCGAUCUGAAAUCGUCUCGACAGUCGCUUCGUCUAUCUCCUCUGAACACCCAGGAAGACUUCCAUCAUACAUCGCAUCACCACACGAAGCACCAUCGUGCUGUCAAUUUUCCUUCGGGGGCAUCAGAAGCGAUGAGCUGUAACAGCAAGAUUACACUGCAACACAUUCACGCAGCACCGUACCAGAGAAGACCGCCGAAGAAGCGGGUGCCUGAAGGUACAGAUAUUGGUUACAACGCAGAUACGAGCCAGAUCGAUUAUGCAGUCAAACUUCCAUCUCGGCGUCACUCUCAAAUCUCUGGGAAUAAUCCUCCUUUCACCCACUUUCCGGACUCCCCGUACUCGCAUUUCACUUGCGAUUCCAGACCAGACUCGUCAGAUUCGCCGGUAGCGAAGACUCACUAUGUAAUCAAGCACGAUAUCCCCGAAUACGUUGAGUGUCACGGUUAUCCUCGGACCGGACAUGCUCGGCACGGUAGUCCAAUAAGCUCAGGAGUUGUCGAACCUCAGAACGGAUAUUCCAGGGAAUUGGAUCCAGAGGCUGUCAUCGAACAUCACUUGAUCACAAAUAUUGACAAGACAGACAGUUUUGAAAGACCAGGACCCUCAGCGCGUUCGGAGGAUGUUCCAAAGGCUGAUAAAUCGCAGUUCUUGACGUAUACGUCUAAUCAAUGGAUAGAAAGUGACAAAAGCACGAGACAAGAGAAGGCCAGUGUCUCCAACGCGAACGGUCAGACUCUAGGCAAAAGCUACAUUAAGGAGACAGCAGCUUCCGCAAAGGAUGAAUCUACAGUAUCACGACGGCCGUCUCAAGAGCGCUCAAGCGUCGAUGCGAGGGCUGAGCGAACAGGCGGAACAUGGUUUACCAUCCCCUCCCAUCACGAAGAUGAGCGUAGUCGUCAGAGGCGAGAAAGCGGCACCGUUACCUCGAGGAAAGUUUCUGUGUCCAAAGAGGAGAAGUAUGCCGCAUCCCCUGGUAUUUGCAGCCCACGGACUCAAGGCUCACCCCCAGUGUUGAGAGGGGCUUCCAGAUGGUCAUCCACACCGUCUCAGCUGAACCAACGAAAAUCCGUGCAGGCUCUCAAGGCGCAACUUCUGGAGAAUCGGGAGCAACCGAAGAAGCCCCAGAAAGAACGCAGUCAACUUUCCGAACGCAAUGUAGUCGCAGAGCUUGCCCAGAAAAUCGAGGAACGAGGAUCCAGAAUGCCAGGCAUUGAACCCUCUGCAGCCAGUAUCCGCAGCAUAGGUAGCGAAGGCAGCAAGCGUAAGAAAUGGAAGUUGAAACUAGUCAAUUGGAAUCCGCAGGGCAAGAGAAAAGCUGGCAAGGAACAUAAUCUGAGUGCCGAUGAGAUUGUUGGCAACAAUGGAAAGGCCGAUAGUUUCAAGUCGCAGCCUUUGGUCUCGGCCACCAAUCUGAACUGGAUGGAUGAAUUGAAUAUGGGUGGCAAGGAGCCCCAUUCGCGAGUUGAUGCAGUUGUCAAGGAGGAUGUUGGGCCGGAGCAUCAGUCUGUUUGGAAGAAGGGGUUUGAGGAGGUUAGCAGGAACAAAACUGUCGAGAGGGGAUAUCUGGGGAUUGUGGGCAUCACAGUCCUGGUUCAUUUGGUGGGCAGAGAGGACCUGGUUGCUCGUGCUGAGAGUUUGACUGGUGGUGGCUUGAAAGAGAAAGAUUGA